AUGAUUUUUGUUGGCCGUUUAACAAGUCAUAAAUAUUUUGAUAAAUUGACAAAAACAGUUCAAGAUAAAGAAGAAUCAAAUGAAGAAAUAGAAUUCUUUUUAAAAUAUAUAACUUUGGGCAAAAACAAAGCAGCUGUUGAACAAUUCGCUGAUGAUCGUAGAUAUCGUAUUGUAUACGAAGACUAUUUCAAUCCUGCUGUCUUUGAUAUUAUCAAAAGAAAAGCAUUAUUUCAAUAGUAAAAAAAAAUAUUUGUCGCCAUCACGAAACGAAAGAAGGAUUUAAUCUUAACAAUAUUAUGAAUGAACAUGAAAAACGAACGAAAUCGUCAAGUUCAUCUUUCAUUAAGAAAGGUCCAUCAAUAGACGAUGCUUAAGGAGCAACCUUUGCUCUAUUAUUUUAUACUGGAACAAAAAAAUGAAGCAGUUGUUGAAGCACUUAUUAUUCACUUUUAUUUAGUUAAAAGCACUUUGAUAUAUUUCUUAUUAUUGGGUACCCUGGAGAAAGUACUGAGUUCAGGGUACCCAUGUACUGAGAAAGCCUCAGCAGGGUACCCGAUAUGGGUACUUCGAAAAUUUUCAGUAAUUAUACUGACGUAGGUACUGCAUUGGGUACCCAUUGCAGUAUGUUUACUGAACAAGUACUUGCAUGAGUACCC